UCGGAGCCUCAGCGGAAGUUGUGUUGCCCUGAGUGAAGAUGGCGGCGGCGGCGGUGGAAGUGGGGCUGCCGGUGCCUCGGAAGCGCCUGGCGAAAGGCGACGGGGAGCGGGACCUGGUGGCCCCCGGGGACACCAUCACCACCGACCCGGGAUACAUGAGAGGCCACGGGACGUAUUUAGGGGACGAGAAGCUGAUUGCCUCGGUGGCCGGCCUGGUGGAGCGGGUAAAUAAGCUGGUCUGCGUCAAAGCCCUGAAAACCAGGUAUAACGGCGAAGUCGGAGACAUUGUGGUGGGGCGCAUCACUGAGGUUCAACAGAAACGUUGGAAGGUUGAGACCAAUUCCAGGCUGGAUUCUGUGCUGCUCCUUUCCUCCAUGAAUCUUCCCGGCGGGGAGCUGCGGCGGAGGUCGGCUGAGGACGAACUGGCCAUGCGCGAUUACCUGCAGGAAGGAGACCUCAUCAGUGCAGAGGUCCAGGCGGUGUUUUCUGACGGGGCCGUAUCAUUGCACACCCGAAGCCUGAAAUAUGGGAAGCUCGGCCAGGGGGUCCUGGUCCAGGUCUCCCCGUCCCUGGUGAAGCGGCAGAAGACCCACUUCCACGACCUGCCCUGCGGGGCUUCCGUCAUCCUCGGCAACAACGGCUUCAUCUGGAUUUACCCGACUCCUGAACAGAAGGACGAAGAGGCCGGGGGCUUCGUCACCGACCUGGAGCCGGUGCCGUUGCCAGAUCGGGAAGUCAUCUCCCGCCUCCGGAACUGCAUCAUGGCCUUAAUGGCUCAGAAACUGAUGCUCUACGACACGAGCAUCCUUUACUGCUAUGAAGCGUCCCUUCCGCACCAGAUCAAGGAUCUUCUGAAGCCGGAAGUGAUGGAGGAGAUUGUGUUGGAGGCUCGGCAGAGGCUGCUGGAACUGGAGGGGUGACUGGAGGGGAGGCAUUGCCCUUUUCUUUUCUCCCUUUCCGUCCACAUUGGACUUCUUUUUGGUUAUAGGUUUUGUCAGACGAAAUUCCUCAAGGACUCGAUGCCAGUUAGAACAAAACACAUUGUUGAUCCUUCUCGGUGGAGAAUCACUCCAAAUGUCCUCUCCAGCCUGUGAUAAAACAGGAGACUCUCCGGGAAAUGUCAUGGAAAAGAUGAUGACUAGAGCACAGAUGGUGGAAAACUCAACUUUCGUGCAACAAGACAAAUAAAGCUUUCUUCUCUGCA